AUGGCUGGCUCUGUGAUCGAAAUCUCCACUCUUGAUCAAUUUCAAGAAAUUCUCAAAAAGGAUAAAUAUGUUGUCGUUGAUUUUUAUGCCGAUUGGUGUGGCCCCUGCAAGCAGCUUUCACCAAAGCUUGUUGCGCUCGCCGAAACCGAGACUCAAGUAACGUUCGUUAAGGUUGACGUCGAUAAAUCCAACAUUUCUUCAUUGGCCACCGAAUACAAAGUUUCGGGAAUACCCGCGAUUUUCUUUAUCAAAGAUGGAAAAGUGGUAUCCAGCGUUGUUGGUACCAAUCUUCCCGAAAUCAAUAACAAGCUUAAGGCUCUGUUACUUUCUUAA